AUGACUGAAAAGAAAGGCACUCUAGCAACUGCAAAUACAGCAAUUGAUUUAAUUACUAGACCUCCUCGUGGCGAAUACAGCCUCAAGAAUCUUGGUGAUAUAGAAAUAGAUCCAUUGCUUCCAAAAAUUCCAAGAAUUCCAGUGACCUUCCGAAAUUCUCAAAAUCUUGCUUUAAUGGGGUCAUUGUACGCUCCAUAUGGUUUCCCUGAUGUCAGACCACCAGCUUGCGUUAUCUAUCUUCAUGGCAAUGCAGGUACACAAGUUGAAGGUCGCUUCAUGGUUAAGUACUUAGCACCAAAAACGAUAGCUACUUUUUGCUUUGAUUUCGCAGGAAGCGGAAAUUCUGAUGGCGAAACUGUUACGUUGGGUCUAAAUGAAAAACAAGAUGUUGAAGAUGUUGUUAGGUUCCUUGAAAAAUCAUUCGGCCUAAAGAAAUUCAUAUUAUGGGGAAGAUCUAUGGGCGCAGCAACCACUUUUCUUGCGGCUCCUAUGAUCCCAAACUGUAUCGGAAUUAUUUCUGACAGUCCAUAUGCUUCAAUAAAGUGGAUGUUUGAUGAUAUGGCCAAAAAAGUUAAAAUACCAGGCAUCGUAAAAGGACCAGCCCUUUGGUAUGUUAAGCAUUGCGUCAAUGGAAAAAUCAAUGCAGAUAUUACUGAAGUAUCUCCAAUCGAUGAAGCAAAGAAGCUUUCUAUUCCACUAAUUAUCGGUCAUGCAGCAGAAGAUUCUUUCAUUCCAUAUUACCAUGCACAAAAAUUGUACGAUAUUUACAAAGGAAAAGACAAAUUAUUAAUGCCACUUCCUGGAGAUCACAAUUCCAAGCGUCCCGUUGAGUGGCUCAACACAUGUUUUAACUUUAUUUGCAGACUUGCAGGCAUUGAAUUUGCAGAAAUCUCUGUUUGCGAAUUUGGUUCAAAUCCAGGAUAUCAAUCCGGAACAGAUGAGCACUUCAGGUCUUACGAAGAAAUGGCCAGGAACCAAAAGUAG